AAAAGCAACACAAAAGAAGAUUACAACAUCAUGUUCAACACAAGAGCAACUAUUGUUGCUGCUGCUUCUCUAACAAGACUUGUCGUAAAAUCCAAAGGUUCAUUCUCCAACUCUACCAGAGCCUCACCAACAAAAUUACUAUUAUUGAAUGGAGGUUCUCAACAAACGACCAGUCGAUCGGCUACUAAUACAACCUCACCUGCGUCAUCAUCAUCAUCAUCGGAACAAACAAUUCCAUCUUCAUGUCCUUAUCAUCAAAAGGAUGCAACUUCCAACAAGGAAGAAGUAAAACCUCAACCAUGGACUGAAGUGCCAGGACCAAAGCCAUUGCCACUGAUUGGUAAUUUGAUUCAAGUUCAAACCAAUUCUAAAAACAUGUCAGAAUAUUUAAUGACACUAUGUAAACAAUAUGGAGAUUUAGUUAAAUUGACUGUUUUUAAUUUUAACAUGUUGAUGAUUGCUAAUCCACAUUUAUUAGGAGAAUUAUAUAAAAAGGAAGAAAGAAGAAAUGAAGUUGACAGUUUUAGACAUUACAAAUUGAAGAAGGGUCAAAUUCUUACUCCAGUUGAAAUGAGAUAUGAUGAAGAUUGGUAUUCUAUUCGUCAGCUUUAUAACAUUGCAAUGAAACCAGAAUAUCAAGAAACCAUUACACUUCCUCAAUUAUCUGAAUUGAAUGGAGACUUCAUGAGAAGAUUGAUUAAGAGUUUGCAAUCUGUCAAAGGAAGUGAAGCAUUCAAAUAUGUCAACAGUUCAGAAACUAAUUCAAGAUAUGCCUUUGAUGUUGUCAUGAAGGUCUUUCUUGGUGUGAAAAUGACAGAUGAAGUGACAAGCACUCUUCCAUUCGAUAUUAAUGAAUUUGUCAAUUAUACUGUCCAUGCCACUGAUGUUGCUGUUAGAUUGACAACCAAAUUCCCAAUGUACAAAUAUUACAGGACUCAAGAGUAUAAAAGUUUUGAAAAUUUAAUGGAUAAAUCAUCAGAAUAUGCAAGAUAUUGCAUUCAAAGAUUCAAAACCAAUCCAUCUCAAAACGCCAGAUUAUUAGAAUUGAUUGAGGAAAGAGCUAAAGAUCAAGAUAGACCAGAUGAAAGAGUUGAAAGCGUCUUGAUGCAAUUUUUACAAGGUGGUGUCGAUAUCACUGUUAGAAUUAUGAAUAAUUGCUUCCAUAGAUUAGCUCACCAUCCUGAAUGCCAAGAAAAGAUUUAUAAGGAAUCUGUAGCAGUUUUUGGUGAACCAUCAUUGGAAGAAGUUACAUCUGAAGAUGGACUUUCUAUCAAUUUGGAGCAGUACAAAAAGCUCAAGUAUACCAAACACUUUAUUGAUGAGGUAUUAAGAUUGAAUGCAUUUGGUUAUCUCACCAUGGGAAGAAAAUUGGAUCAGGAUACCGAAAUUGGAGGAUAUAUGAUUCCAAAGGACACAAUGAUUCUUGCAAUGCAAAGAUGGGCAACUCUCAAAGAUGAAUUUGUUCCUCGUGGAGAAGAAUUCAUUCCAGAACGUCAUGAAAAGGGUUCUCCAUUAGCACCAGUCAAUAAUUUUGUUUCGCUACCAUUUGGAGUUGGAGCUCGUAAGUGUCCUGGUUCACGUGUAGCAACCACAGAACUGCUCAUUGGAAUUAUCAAUGCUGUCAGACAUUUCCAGUUGUGCAACAAUAAUCUAGCAUCAUUCCCACCAUCUUCUUUUGAUCAAUCCUUGCUUUAUAUUGAUUCUGAAAAGUAUCCACUUUAUUUCACACCAAGAGAUCAUGUUAAGGAAUUUGUAGAAAAGAACUCCAAGGUGUCUCAAUAACAAAGCAGCAAGGCCAAAUAAUCUAGUGUUCCCUCUUGUUGGUGGAAUCAAUCAUUCGAACAAUAAAUGUGUUUAUUUGUC